AUGAAAGCACUCUCAGGACCAUCACCGUUUAUGAGAGGCUUCCUAUUCAAACUAGGGCGAAGCCUAGGUCCGUCCACCGGGGUCACCCCUUCGACCCUUCUCAGAAGAAAUGCACGUCCUCUUGAGUUCCACAGAAACCUCGGUUUUAUCAAGAUAAUUGCCCGUGCUACCAAGAUCCCUGUGUAUAUAGGCGGGACUUUUGCCGCUGGUGGAUCGUACGUUGCUUACAAGGUGGACCAAGCAUCGACCUAUACCAGUGACAAAUUGAACGCUUUGAAGGAUUUUUCAGAUGGUUUCUUUGAUAAGACGGGUGAAUUUUUCAAGAACAUAGGCAGCUCUGGCAGUGAGAGCGGCGGCAGUGGCGGCGGCAGCGGAAAUGGUGACACAGCAACAGCAGUUGGCGCCACUGCUGCAGCCGUGGGGUUUGCUCCAGAGGAAGACGAAGACAAUACGGAAGACGAAGACGAUGAAGAGACCUUAAUAGAUGAUGACGAUGACGAUGAUUUGGAAAAUGACGAGACCGAUGAUGAAAUGAUGAAUUUAACCAGACAAAUGAUCGAAAUAAGGAACUUGCUUGCCAGCAUUGACCACGACACCAUCAAGCUUCCAUCUAUCGUGGUCAUUGGUUCCCAAUCAAGUGGUAAGUCUUCAGUGUUGGAGUCUAUCGUGGGCCAGGAAUUUUUACCCAAGGGUUCGAACAUGGUGACAAGAAGACCAAUUGAAUUGACCUUGAUCAACACUCCGGAUGCGGCUGCCGAUGUGGCUGAAUUCCCAGCCUUGAAAAUGCACAAUCUUACCGACUUUCAACAGGUUCAAAAGAUUUUGUUUGAUUUGAAUAUGGCGGUACCAGAGCAUGAAUGUAUAUCAAACGACCCUAUCCAGAUCACUGUGCGGUCACCAAGAGUCCCUGAUUUGUCCUUAGUUGAUUUGCCUGGGUACAUUCAAGUUGAAGCCGCAGACCAACCAAUUGAAUUGAAGCAAAAAAUCAGACAGUUGUGCAACAGAUACCUUGAGGCACCUAAUAUUAUUUUGGCAAUCUCAGCUGCUGAUGUCGAUCUCGCUAAUUCUGCCGCUCUUAGAGCUUCCAGGGUUGCUGAUCCAAGGGGUGAAAGAACUAUCGGUGUAGUAACUAAGGUGGAUUUAGUACAGCCAGAAUUAGCAACCGCUAUUCUUACCAAUAGAAAGUAUCCUCUCAAAAUGGGAUAUGUUGGGGUAAUAACGAAAAUUCCAACUGCCAACAAGACGAGUGGAAGUUUAUUUUCAAGAAAGACAGUUUCAGGAUAUCAAGCAUACGUUGCUCAGCAAAACUUUGAAUACAAUUAUUUCAAAGAAAAUAAGGAAGAGUUUACUGGAACUACUACGGGAACAAGAAAUUUGAAGAAAAAGUUGAUGAAGGUGCUCGAAAAAUCAAUGACUGCUUCUCUUAGGCCAACCCAUUUUGCAAUCCAACAAGAAUUGGAAGAAACCUCUUAUCAAUUCAAGGUGGAAUUUAACGACAGACCAUUGACCCCGCAAAUGUACUUGGCUAACAAUAUUGAUGCUUUGAAAUUAGCUACGAAAGAAUUAAGUCAUCAUUUCUCUCGGGCUGAAUUGAAGUCAUUACUCAAGAAUGAAUUGGAUCAGAAGGUAUUGAAUUUAUUAGCUGAAAGGUACUGGAACAAACCUUUUAGCUUGAAGAACUCGAAUGUUGUUGUGGAACCAGACUUGAGAGAAUUAUCCCAAAUAUCGAACAUCGAUGAUGAUACCUAUUGGCAUAAGAAAUUGGAUUUAACGACAAGCUCAUUGACUAAAUUGGGUGUCGGAAGAUUGUCCACUAGUUUAAUAACGAACGCUUUGGUAGCUGAAGUCGAGAAUCUCGUGGACAUCACUCAACUUAGAAAUCAUCCUAUGGCUAAGGCAGCGGUGAAAGACGCCGCUAAAUCUGUUUUGGGGGCAAAGUACUACUCGACCGCCGAUCAGGUGGAGAAUUGUAUCAAACCCUACAAGUAUGAGAUCGAAAUCGAGGACAGAGAAUGGCAAACAAGCAAAGAGAAUGCCGUCAAGUUACUCAAAGAAGAAUUGAGACAAGCCGAUGAUGUUUACAACUAUCUCAAAAAGCUGAUUGGAGGUAGAAAGUUGCAACAGGUCGUCACAUACUUAGAAAAGUUGAACCAGAACCAAUCCUUAGAUCUUGAUUUGAAUUCAAAGGAAGCGCUUGGAUUCUCCCCACAACUUAUCGAAAAAGGAAAGGAAGCUAUCUUUUUAAAGGAUAGAAUUUCGUUAUUGAAGAUGAGAUAUCUGUUUGUCAAGAAUUCGAAGAAAUGCAAGAAGAAGGAGAAUAAGUAUCAAUGUCCAGAAAUCUUUUUAGAUGCUGUAUCAUCCAAAAUCGCUUCCACUUCUAUCUUGUUCUUGAACGUCGAACUCUUGAGUGAUUUUUACUACAACUUUCCAAGAGAACUUGAUUUGAAGUUCUUUACUAACCUUACAAAGGAGGAGAUUGAAAGAUUUGCAAAGGAAGAUCCGAAGAUUAAGAAGCACAUCGAAUUACAAGAGAGAAAGGACCUCUUAGAGAAUGCCAUGAGUAAGAUUGAAGGUGUUCUUGCAAUCCAACGCACAAAGAAGACCGGCAAUGAUUCAGGUAAUAAGUCGAUUUUCAGCUGGGGAUCUUAG